ACGAGAUCUUAGAGGGACAUUGGCGCGAUGGACGGCCCGCCGGCGUAUCAGCUCGAGCUCGAGCACGUCAUCGGGUAUACGGGUCGGUCCAAGGACACGGUACUCGCGCACCCGAGAGACCCGGACGCGUACUUUACCUGCAUGGGCGCGGCCGUCGUCAUCUCGCGCGUCUCGGAUACGCACGCGCAAGAGUUCCUUCGCGGCCACGACGAAGAGAUCUCGUCGCUCUGCGUGUCGCGCUCGGGCGUGCUGCUCGCGUCCGGGCAGCUGCCGUCGACGAAGCGCAACGGCGCGGGCGCAGCGAUUGUCGUCUGGGACCUCUACGCCAAGUCGGAGCUCUACCAGCUGCACGGUUUUUUCUGCAAAAUCACAAAACUCGCCUUCUCGCCCGACGACCACUUCCUCCUCGGCGCCGGCGCUGACGGGUCGGUGAUCCUCUGGGACCUCCGCACGUCCGAGGUCGUCGUGACGCGGUCGUACGGGUCGCCGGUCACGAUUCUCAACUGGGGCAAAGUCGAAGAAAAGACGCGCCGACCAAAGUACACGCUUCUGUUUGCGCACUCGAGCCAGCUCCUCGUGAGCGAGCUCUCGUACGACAUUGGCAGCAUGCAGUACAAGCUCGAGAGCUACCCGUGCGCGAUGCCGUCGACCGGCAUGGUCCGAGAGUACCUCGCCGCGUGCAUGACGCAGACCAACGAUACGCUCCUUGCAGGCACCUACGCGGGCGAGCUCGUCGUCUUCAACGCCGACGCCCGCGUCUUCAAGUGCACGAUCCCGAUCUCGUCCAACGGCGUGCACUCGAUCGUCUGCUGCGCGGCGACCGGGUACCUUUAUGUGGGCGCAGGCGACGGCGUUCUCAAGAAGCUCGUGGGCGACCACUCGGACUGGAACCUCGUCGGCCAAGUCGCGUUGAUGGGCGCCAUCGCCGGCUUGAGCGUGACGUGCGACGGCGCGACAGUCCUCGCCGGCACGUCGGCCGGGAAGCUCUAUCGCAUCCUCGCCAGUGCCAUGAGCGUCGAAGAGCUUGCUUGCAGCCACUUGGCACCCGUGACCGCCUGCGUCUUUGACGGCCACUCGAGCGAAGCCUUUGCGACCCUCUCGCACGACGGAACGCUCAAGGUAUGGGAUCUCUCGUCGUACCGCGUCAAGGCGAGCGCCGCCGAAAACGUCCACGGUCGCUGCGUCUGCUACGCCGUAAAUGGAGCGUUCCUCGUCUCGGGCUGGGCCGACGGCUGGCUGCGCGCGUUCGAGACUGCGUCAGGGCACAAGCUGUGGCACAUUGCGAACGCGCAUCGCGGCGAGGUCACGUGCAUCGCCGCCAACGACAAGUGCAUCGUCUCCGGGUCGAGCGAUGGCGGCGUCAACGUCUGGUCGCUCGCCACGCGGGAGCUCAUCUUGCAGUUUCACGAACACAAGCGCGGCGUGACGCAGGUGUGCAUCGACUUGGUCAAAGCGCAUCACGUGCACAGCUGCGGCCUCGACCGGUCGCUCUUCUUAUACGACCUCAAGACCCAGCGCCGCGCCGUCGUGCACCAAGUGCGCGAAGGUGCGUUCCAUGCGAUGAGCCAGCGCCUCGACAGCGAGACCGAGAUCAUCACGGGCGGCGCCGACGGCCGGCUCCUCUUUUGGGACUGCGACGUCGCCGACGCCGUCAAGGUGCUGCAGGACCCCAACCGGAUGCGCGUGCUCGCGCUCCAGGUGUCGCCGUCAGGACGCUUUGUGGCCACGGGUGGCGACGACUGCCAUCUCAAAAUCUACGCGCUUGAAAGCGACGCGCUCAUGGCCAUCGCGCUCGGCCACUCGGGCGCCAUCAACCAAUUGGCGUGGAGCCCGGACGAGCGCCAGAUCGUGUCGGUCGGCGUCGACUGCUGUAUAUGCCUCUGGAAUUUCUUCCUAGAAGACGAGACCCCUCGGUAUUAACACUUACGACGACCGAAUUGGCCGCUCCUA